CGUAUCGAGUGGGUCACGCGUGCGUUCGGCUCUUGUAGCGUGCGCUUUAAUACGACGCUCCGCGCGAGUACGACUACAGUUUUCACACUUCGACAAAACUUUGAACAAUUGUUAGUGUUACAUAGUGAACGACAGCUUUAACCUCCAAUUGGAUUUUAAUGGAUUUAAUUAUUUACUUACACUUGUGAUUGUGACGCUCAUUCUUCAGCGGGAUUAAUUAAACUAAUGUCGACGAUAGCGUGCGAACAGUGUCAUUACGCUGAUAAAUAUUGAGUGUCGGCGGCGGUGGCGACAAUGGGAUUUUGUGAAUGAAUGCUAAUGUGUUCAUUAAGCUGAUUAGCGAGAAACGUGAAAACUGCAAGCGCACAACAAAUCAUAAUACAAAAGCCGCCGAUAACGGAUAAAUCGGGCCGUGAAGUAAGCGCAAAACAAAUGUGAAUGUGAACGCCGCAUUUCGUACUCGUACUUAUUAAGUGUGAAGGAAAGUUUCGUGUGCCGCGAGAGUGUGAGCUCGUUUGUUUCGCGAUGAACGUUUAGACGAAAAAGUGUGCGAGUUUGGAUUUUUCUUACUUCUCUAAGUGGAAGAAGAAACAAACAACAUGGCUGCGAUACGGAGAAGACGACUGGAUAUUAUUUAUGUGGUGUUUGUUGCCGCGACGAGUCUUCUGAUAUUCGCACCUCAGCACGUUAAAGGUCAAUACCGUUCGCCGCGCAUCACCGAGCAUCCGUCCGACACCGUCGUCGCCAAGAACGAGCCAGUGACGCUCAAUUGCAAGGCUGAAGGACGCCCCGAGCCCGUCAUCGACUGGUUCAAGGACGGCGAACUAGUGAAGACAACCCAUGCGGACAACAGCAAGUCGCAUCGUGUUCUACUCUUAUCCGGAUCGUUGUUCUUCCUGCGCACGCUGCAAAGCAAGAAGGAGCAGGAUAGUGGCGUCUAUUGGUGUGUGGCACGUAACGUCGCUGGAUCCACCAGCAGUAAGAAUGCGACGCUCACCGUUGCCGUUUUGCGCGAAGAUUUUCGCGUCGUACCAACGGACACACGCGUCGCAGCUGGUGAAACGGCUCUUUUACAAUGCUCACCGCCAAAGGGACAUCCCGAACCCACUGUUACAUGGAAGAAGGAUAACGUCAAUUUGGAGUUGGAUGGCCGUCGUAUGCACAUUGUGGACGGUGGAAAUUUGAUGAUUUCCGAUGUGAGGCAACACGACCAGGGCCGGUAUCAAUGCAUGGCGCACAAUAUGGUCGGCACGCGUGAAUCUUCGGCCGCCACUCUGACCGUGCAUGAAAAACCGAGAUUCAAUAAAGAACCCAGCGAUGUUGUGGCGGCGAGUGGGAAAUCAGUCGUUUUUCACUGCUCCGUGUAUGGUGAACCGACGCCAACGGUGAUGUGGCGCCGCGAAGACGGCAAGAUGCCCGUGGGACGUGCUCGCAUCAUGGACGACAAGUCGCUACUCAUCGACAACGUCCAAACUGCCGACGAGGGCUUGUACAUCUGUGAUGCAGAAAACGUUGUUGGCCGCAUCUCUGCCAAGGCUUCACUUGUUGUUAAUUCUCCUUCGACGUUUAUCGAACGUCCGAAAGAUCAAAAGGUCGGGCUGAACGGCGUGGUGGAGUUUCAUUGCGCCGCCACCGGGCAUCCCCCGCCUUCCGUCUUCUGGCGCAAGGAGGGUUCCCAGAUGCUCAUGUUCCCUGACACGUCGUACGGACACAUGCAUGUAAAUGCGCACGGCACGCUGAAAAUUCAAGGCGUGCAGCGUGAAGACGCUGGUUUUCUUGUGUGUUCCGCGUUGAGCGUCGCUGGAUCGAAUUCGGUACGCGCAUUCCUGCAAGUCACCUCCGUCGCCGACCUGCCGCCGCCGAUUAUUCAAAUCGGUCCAGCGAACCAAACGCUACCGUUCAACAGCCAAGUCACUUUGCAUUGCAAAGCGGCGACUCCAGACGGCGCGCCGGUGAAGGUGCGCUGGCUCAAGGACGGCAAACUGUUGACGGAGGAUCUGCCUGAUCGACACACCAUCAACAAUUCCGGCACGCUGGACAUUGACAAUUUGCGGGUUGAAGAUUCCGGCCUCUACACGUGCUCGGCAACCUCGGAGAGCGGCGAAAGUUCGUGGUCGGCAUCGCUGAGCGUGGUCGAGGGUCCUUCGUCGUCACUGCAUCGUAGCCCCGAUCCGUCCACUUUCCCGCGGGCGCCUCCGGCUCCUCGCAUUCUAAACGCAACGGAAUCCAGCGUAAGUUUAACCUGGGAAAGCGCCGAUGAGGAAAGUGGCCUCGUGGGCUACACUGUCGAGUAUUGGAGUCCGGAUUUACAAACUGGUUGGGUGGUCGCUGCUCAUAGAGUGCCUAAUUCUUAUAUGGUUGUGCGUGAAUUAAAACCGGACAGUUCGUAUGUAUUUAUUGUGCGUGCGGAAAAUGCUCACGGUUUAUCACCAGCGAGUAUUGUGUCAGGUACAGCGCGCACCUUGACAAAUUCGCGAGCAGUGCCCCGAUCAGAAUUAGAUACGGCUCGUACAAUGUUAAGCACGAAACUAGUGGAUAUCCAUGAUGCGCGACCAUCAUCUUCAAGUUCAGUGAAACUAACUUGGACUUUACGUGCACCUGAUUAUGUGGAAGGACUUUACAUUCGCUUUCGCGAGUUAUCGGGUGGUUCUCACAACUACAACAUCCUCACAGUAUUAGACAUUCAUACUAAGAAUUAUAUUGUGAGCAAUCUGAAGAAGUUCACAAAGUACGAAUUUUUCAUCUCUCCGUUUUACAAAUCCGUCGAAGGACAACCAUCGAAUUCACGCGUUGCUCAAACCUUGGAAGAUGUUCCGUCCGCUCCACCUGACAGCAUCACAGCGGGUGUCUUCAAUAAUUCUGCCGGUUGGGUGCGAUGGUCACCACCUCCCCCUCAGCAUCACAAUGGCAUCAUUAUUGGAUACAAGAUACAAAUGAAAGGCAGCGCUUCGCGAUUGCUUUUAAUGAAUGCCAGCACUACGUCUGUUUUAAUUGGUAAUCUCACUUCAGGUGGACUCUACAAUGUUCGAGUUGCGGCUUUAACUCAUGCUGGGCUUGGACCAUUUUCGAACGCUGUGCCAUUAUUGACAGCUCCGCGUGCUCAAAGCCCGAGAACCUUGGGCCCAUUGGUGCCUUUAGUUCGACAGACAUGGUUUGUUAUCUUGUUGGCCGCGAUGGCGCUACUUUUGGUUGCCAUAACUGGUGGAUUAUUGUAUUUGAAACGUAAACAAUCAAUGAGCAAAGAACUGGGACAAUUAGCUGUGCCAGUGGUCAACGCGGCUCAACUGAACGCUAAGGAAAGUUUGUGGAUUGAUCGUGGCUGGAGAGCUGCUGACUGCGACAAAGAUUCAUCGAUUCCACUUGCGCCUCCCGCUGAUUAUGCGGAGGUUGAUACUAGGAGCUUAUCUACAUUUUACAACUGCAAAAAAUCACCGGACAAUCCAACACCGUAUGCCACUACAAUGUUACUACCACCACCGAAUUGGAGCGAAAUAAUUCCGCCACCGCCUGAUCAUCCACCACCGGAAUGUCCACGUGAAAAUGCUCCCGCUCCCCCACCAAGGGGUGGGAGUAGUUGUGGAAGUGUUGGUGGUGGAUACGCGUGCUAUGCCUUGCAUGUGCCAACGUCUAACAUGCAUGGUCAGUGUAAUCGUGCCGCCAUGCAACAAUACGCGCGCGCCGGCUCAUGCCAGAAUUGUCAGAACUGCCAGAAUUGCGAUGCGCACUGCUCUCUAGCGAGUGGCAGUUCCAACGGAAGACGGUCAACGCCACGCGGACAUUGUCAUCACCCGCACACAUGUGAUAGUAACGGCGUGAACAACAAGCUGUGGGGUGGUCCGCAGCAGUGGGACGAAACUGGUGAUGCCGAUGGCGAGAUGGAUCGGCACUCGUGUUCCAGUAGCCAUGAUACGACGUGUUCAUGCAGCGAGUCAUCAUGCUUAUACGCUGAAGCCGGUCCGUCCGUCAAUCCCAGGCCGAUGAUGCCGGUGCAGCACUGCCAAAUGAAACGUUGUGUCAAAUAAACGUUUUUAUGCCACGUAAGAAACAAUUCUUAAGUUUAAGCUACCGAUGAUAUAUGUCCACUGAUAACACAGAACGCAAUACGAUUACGUAACAUAUCCUGUACACCAUGUACGUUAUGCACUCCAGGAAUAGGAGGUACAGCAACUAUCCGAGUCCGCACACGCGCCGCUGUUUUGGCCUAACUAAAUAUAUUAUUAACUAAUCAUAUCAGAACUGAAUCCCAGCGUUAAACAACGCAACAUUGACGAUGCGUAAUGGGAUAAUUUACUAGUCCAUAGUUGUUUAGUUACCAAGUGAGUGAAGGAUUUGCACCCAGUGACAUAUAAAUCAAAAAUGACUUUCGAUAGCACUUGCGUCGCAUACGCAAGCUCCUUCACUCCGAUGCGAAUUCAACUAUAAACUGUCUUCCUGUAUCCAACACAAAGCGAAAACACGAAAUAUCCGAGACGGAAGACAAUAAAAAAACUAUGCCGUGUUCCUUUUUAACUAUUUUAUAUCUAUAUCAAUCGUCGCCAUUAAAUUCAGCCAUGCCAUCAACUUAUUCUUAGUUAAUUCAUGUUAUUAAUUAAUGUUAAAGGCCGUUUAUAACGAGCAAAUGUUUCUGCACGCGACGUUUUUACACUGAACUGAACGGAUACUUUCCUAAACUUAUCCUUAAUUAAACUAGUAAGCAAUAUUGCCACGAUGAAAAUAUAAAUAACCCUUAAAAUGCAUUUAACAUACAUUGUAGUUACAUGAAAUAUUCGAAAGAAAACGUGCGUUUGAAUGAUACCGUUCGAUGAACGGUGUGGCGACAUUUCAUACCACCGAUUCGAUAAAGUCAAUCUGUAUCAUCCAGACGCACCGACAUAACGUAUAAAUUGUGAUUUAGAAUUAUGAAUAUUAAUGAAUAUUACGACGAUAAUUGUAAUCCUUUCUGAAGUUGUACAUAGUAGACAUUGCCGGCUUUGUAUAUAAACCAAGAUGACGAAGAAAAUUAAAAUAAUGGAAAUAACUACGAAUACAAUAUUGUUAUAAAUAUUGGUGAGUAGGUAUUUGUAUUGACUUUGUAUAGCGAAAUAUAUUAUAAAUUAAAACAUGGAAAUGAACGAACAGCUGUAAGAUAUUGAAUUGUAGAUAUUUAUUAUGAGUUUACUUAUUUUGUUAAUUUAUCAAAUUAAUUGUAAUCGUACUUAUUAAACAAGAAGUUUUUGAAAUA